AUGAACCCUCCGUCAAGGCCAAGAAUCUCUCCAAAUCCAACCCAGGAGCCCAGCUUUGCUGCCACCCCAGCCUCGCCUGGCAGAUGGGACAGUACCCAGAGCAAUGUCUCCACCCCCGGCCAGCUUCCACCCAUCAGCACCACGAUGGCUGGCACUCAAGCUGCCCAGGUCCCCUUCCCUACAGUUGAUGUUCCAGAUCACGCUCAUUAUACCCUGGGCACGGUGAUCCUGCUGGUGGGGCUCACGGGGAUGCUGGGAAAUCUGACCGUCAUCUAUACCUUUUGCAGGACCAGAGGUCUGAGAACCCCCGCCAAUAUGUUCAUCAUCAACCUUGCAGUCAGCGACUUCCUCAUGUCCUUCACCCAGGCCCCUGUCUUCUUUGCCAGCAGCCUCCACAAGCAGUGGCUCUUUGGGGAGGCAGGCUGCGAAUUCUAUGCCUUCUGUGGAGCUCUCUUUGGCAUCACCUCCAUGAUCACCCUGAUGGCCAUUGCCCUGGACCGCUAUCUGGUGAUCACACGCCCAUUGGCCACCAUCGGGGUGACAUCCAAGAGACGAACUGCAUUUGUCCUGCUGGGUGUCUGGGUCUAUGCCCUGGCCUGGAGUCUUCCACCAUUCUUUGGCUGGAGUGCCUAUGUGCCCGAGGGGCUGCUCACAUCCUGCUCCUGGGACUACAUGACCUUCACCCCCUCUGUGCGCUCCUACACCAUGUUGCUCUUCUGCUUUGUGUUCUUCCUCCCCCUGCUCGUCAUCAUCUAUUGCUACAUCUUCAUCUUCAGAGCCAUCCGGGAGACACGUCGGGCCUGCGAGGGCUGUGGUGAGUCCCCACGGCAACGGCAGCAGUGGCAGCGGCUGCAGAGCGAGUGGAAGAUGGCCAAGAUCGCACUGCUGGUCAUCCUCCUCUUUGUACUUUCCUGGGCCCCCUAUUCCACUGUGGCCCUGGUGGCCUUUGCUGGGUAUGCACACAUCCUGACGCCCUACAUGAACUCAGUGCCAGCCGUCAUCGCCAAGGCUUCUUCCAUCCACAACCCCAUCGUUUAUGCCAUCACCCACCCCAAGUACAGGGUGGCCAUUGCCCAGCAUUUGCCCUGCUUGAGAGUGCUACUGGGUGUGUCAGGCCAGCAUGAUCACCCCUCACUCAGCUUCCGCUCUACUCACCGCUCCACACUGACCAGCCAGACCUCUGACCUCAGCUGGAUCUCUGGACGGAGACGCCAGGAGUCCUUAGGCUCUGAAAGCAAGAUGGGCUGGACAGACACAGAGGCAGCAGCUGCAUGGGGGGAUGCCCAGCAAAUGACUGGACAGUCUCCCUGCAGUCAGGACCUGGAGGAUGGGGAAGUCAAGGUUCUUCCCAGAGCCCAGAGAAAGGAAGCCAAGACACCCAAGAAGACCAAGGGAGAACUCCCCAGCCUGGACCCCACGAUAUAG